AAAGCUUUAUGCUUUAAACCUAAACAAACAUAACUCUCUUUUCUCUCUGUUUUUCAUCUUCAUAAACGCUUCCUAUAAUUUAGUCAAUAAAUCUAGGGUUUUACUGCUUUAGGUGAUGAUCUAUUCUGGGUCUAUUCUUAAUUAGGAAGAUAAUUUGGGGGGGGGGGGGAACGAAUUGAUUUUGUUUCCAUUUUUUUUGGGUGGGUGAAGAGUGGUUUAAAGCUUUAAACUUUGGUGACUGGGUGGGUGUCGAUUGUGGAGGCCAAAUCCAAUGCCAUUUGUUUAGAAUUGGGGAUUUAAAAAAGUAUCAAAGAAGAUUGAUUUUCAAUGUCUUGGGCUGGCCCUGAUGAUAUCUUUCUCUCCACUUCUCUUGCUACUUAUCUAGACAAGAAACUCCUUGUCUUGCUUAGAGAUGGCCGGAAGCUUUUGGGAUUACUACGUUCAUUUGAUCAAUUUGCUAAUGUUGUUCUAGAAGGAGCUUGUGAGCGAGUUAUUGUUGGCAAUUUGUACUGUGAUAUCCCCUUGGGUCUAUAUGUAAUCCGUGGGGAGAAUGUUGUCUUAAUAGGAGAGCUGGACUUGGAAAAGGAAGAGCUUCCAUCUCAUAUGACUGCUGUGUCGGCUGCUGAGAUUAAAAGGGCACAGAAAGCCGAAAGGGAAGCAACAGAUCUGAAGGGCUCCAUGAGAAAACGAAUGGAGUUUCUCGAUUUCGACUAAUAGAUCCCGCCAUUUUGUUAGAGAUUUUUCAUGCUAUGUUCGCAAAUAUUAGUGCGAUUGUGACCCAAAAUUCGAAACGAGGGUGGGAUAGCAUGAAAGAUUCUUACAUUAUCUCUGUUAUUGGUCGAGGAAGAAGCUAGAAGAGGGGUGAAAAGGGGUUCUCAACCGUUCUAAACAUCGUAUCAGCUAAAAGCUUGGGAGAGAGGAAAGUUAAUUAUUUUUUUGGUCUCUGAAGAGGCAAGUAUGAUAAUUUCCUAUAUGUGCAAUACAAGUUUUAGUGUUUUUAUUAAGUUUUCUAUUUACACCCGAAAUUGUCUUUGCUCUUAUUACAUUUCAUUCAAGUAGAAAAUUGUUCGAAAUUACUGUUGUUGUUUGCUUUGGUGCCGUAUUUUGUUAUGGUACGAUAACUUUUCGAUUAUAAUUUUUAAUGUGUUUAGUUAUGUUUCA